CUACGAAUGUGCGACUACACCAAGAUCCAGGAGGUUAAUAUGAUAGUGACAGCCAUCUUCAGCAGCAACCUACAGUAACCUUUUGUACAGAAACAGCGACAGACUGACUGACAGACUGACAGAUUUCGGGACAUUUUGCCAGAGGGAGACGGUGAACGAACCGAGGAUAACUCCAUGUGAUUUUCACUCAGUACAGCUGGGCCUGAGCUGAUUUGUCAGCCUUGUGUAGGUUUGGUUUUCACCCCCCAAGUGUCCUCUAUAUAUCAGCAGACUAUGGUGGUCUGAACAGAGGAAACGCAGGGAGAAAGCCUGGCACAGUGUGUGUUCACUCUAACACAGCAAGGCUCGACCGAGAGAGGAGCAGAGACGGACUGGAGCAAAGAGAAAAAGAAAAUUUAACACAAAAUGUCUCAAAACAGAGAACUGGUCGUUUUCUACAUAAAGCAUAAGCUCUCCCAGAGAAACUAUCCUCUCACCCACAUGGAACUCAAUGAGUCUCCCAACAGGACUGAUGGCGGGGAGGCAGGGUUGGUUGAGGAACAGCGGAUAGCGACGCACGCCAAUGGAACUUUUAAUGGCACAAGUCCUGGGACCCGUGCAGAGUCCCCGCAGCGGCAGCAACGGCUGCCGUCAACAACGAGCCUGGACGCAGUGAAAGAGGCCCUCCGGGAUUCCGCCAACGAGUUUGAGUUGCGAUACUCCCGCGCCUUCAGCGAUCUGCACAACCAGCUGCAUAUCACGCCGGCCACAGCUUACCAAAGCUUUGCGAACGUGAUGGAUGAAGUGUUCCGGGACGGCUUCAACUGGGGCCGCAUCAUAGGGCUUUUUGUGUUCGGCGGGGCGCUGUGUGUCGAGUGUGUGGAGAAGGAGAUGAGUCCUCUGGUGGGCAGGAUCGUAGAGUGGAUGACCGUCUACCUGGACAACCGCAUUCAGCCAUGGAUCCAGAGUCAAGGAGGAUGGGAGCGCUUUGCUGAAAUCUUCGGGCAGGACGCAGCAGCAGAGAGCAGGAGGUCUCAGGAGAGUUUCAAGAAGUGGCUGCUGGCGGGGAUGACCCUGGUGACCGGGGUUGUGGUGGGCUCACUGAUUGCCCAAAAGCGCCUGUGAGAGGAGAUAGACGACAACCCUCUUAACACUCGUCUCCCACGUCCCCUCUCCACCUGCCUCCUUCAACACCCUCAGCUUACACACCGCGGAAGUUAAAAUGAAGGUCCUGUUUGUCUCCUCAGAACUGCUGAUGAUGUUUACUUUACUUUACCCCCCCCCCCCGCGGACUGAGAAUCCUCACAUUGUUGGACUUUGAGAAAAAGACAGAGAAGAGGAAGAGUUACAGUUAUUCAUGUUUCCACCUUACUCCCACCCUGGUGAAAAAUGCAUGGUUAUACAGAGACAGGCAUAUUAUUCUUUAAUUCAUUGAAUCACCGUUCUUUCUCUUCCCUUUCUCCACUUGUUCCUGUAUGAUUUUUUUUUUUUUUUCUUUUUGUAUGUGUGUUUUAGUUUUAACAAAUUUUUGUUUCCCAUUUUCAUCCUCAAAAGAGGCUCAAACAGAUUCCAGUCCCCACAGUUAACCCAGACCUGUCUGAUAUACAGAGUCAGCCUGGGCUGCUCUACAUGUCUCGUCUUGAAGCUUGUUUUGUUGCACGUCCCCACACACAGCUCGACAAUAGCUUUGUAUGUGCCAUAUGGAGAGUAAAAGCAGGGACGGAUGUAGCACCUGCCCCUGAGCGGCUUCUGUAGUUCCCAUUCCCUGCCAGCCACCCUGAUCACCAACACAUACAGUGUAACAUCAUAAUCCAUGACUGCAUACACAGAUUGUUUUGUCUUGCUCUGUCCUCAUGCUUCUAGGUUUUGUAUGAAUGAUAAAUGAAAAGGAGUCAAACAGACUUUAGUUAACAGAACAUGGGAGUCUUCAACUAAAAACCUUGUGGGAAACUAAAUCCUCUGCUUGUUUGUGUUUGUUGGUGCGUUUGGUUUUUGGAUUUGUGAAACAUUGAAACCCCACUGCUCCCGCUGAUCUGUGCUUCAUGGUCACACUUGGCCUUGAUCUGAUCCUGAUUGUGUUUAGUCAGCCUGCUGACUGCCAGAUCACCGUGUGUGUGGCAACUCCUCAGAAUCAGUGUGACUGCAUUUCAGACGAGCAGCGUGCCGUGGCUCAGACCUUCCGUGUUUACUUUCACAGUAGCUAAAGAAUGCAGCGAAUACUGUAGCAACACACACACACACACACACACACACACACACACACAACAGAUGAGAGCGGCACCGGUCACAGCGACACUCAGACGACUCGGAAAGAUCUUUCAACAGCAUGAAAGACUCUUUCAUCUCAACAGGGUUGGAUACUUGGAUAUUUGAAUAUUUGGAUGUUAAGCUGUCAUUUUGGUUACACUUUACUUUAACCCCUUCCCCUCCAUUUAGUUUUUAUAAACAACAUGAAAACAAGUAAUAAAUGGUUUAUAAUACACUAUAAUGUAAUUGUGAGCAGCUAUAAGGUUUUACUAAUGUAUGUGUUGACAAUUACAGCGUCUGUGAAGCAUCCGUAACUAGUUCGUUAACAGUUAAUGAAUGAUUGACAAUAUAACGCAGCUUCAGUUUAAUGUUCUCUAUGAUUGGCUGAUUUUUUUAAAUUUUUUUUCCUUAAUGUGACCAAGAUACAAACAAGUGGCGAAAUCUGACAAAAAAAUAUAUAUAAAAAUAAAAAAACCUUGUCAGUGCUCUCUGCUCUCAACCAGUCAGUUUUACAUUCCUGCUCCUUGUUGUCACUAACCAGCGGACAUACACAUUGUCAAUCAAUUAUUUUCUGUUCAUACUCCAGUUAUGGAAGUUUCACAGGAGCCAACUGAUGAAACAUGUGGUAAUUAACACUUAAAAUGUCUGUCUGGUUACAACCACUUGAUGGAGGAAAUAACUGAUAAUUAGAAAGCAAAAAUGACAACAGUUAGUUAAUGAUUCUCAAAUGUUAAACUUACCCCUUCUGUCUAUAUACAAUAAAAAAAAAUAAUAAUAAUGAUAAACUGAAUUUCUUUGGGUUUUAGAUUAUUGACAGACAUUUUUCAGUUGCAUUUUAUAGAAUAAACAAUGAAUCAAAUCAAGAAAAUACCCAUUAGUUGCUGCCAUAGUUGUUUAUAUACACUGCUCAGUAUGGUGGUGGAGGGUUAAAGUAAAGUAUCAGUCAUUUGAAGUUUCCUAAUCAUGUGCUGCACUGAUCAAACAGAAAACUAUUUUUGCUGUUUUUAUUCCACCGUGUGCUAAUUCACUAAUCAUUUCCAUUAGUCAGAUCCUACAGUCAGAGUGAUGUUUCGUUUUAGCAUCGGAGUAAACAUCAGUUUAUGUAGCAAACUGCAGCAGCAGCAGCUGCCUGUGAGGAGACAAUGCAGUUCUGCUUCAGAGGUUAUUUGGUUUGAAUUUGAUGACAAAUGUGUCAGAAUGUGUCUGUUCACCAUCUUAAACAAAUCAGCAACUGUCUGUGGCGGCAGAUGCGUAAAACUAGACACCCGAACCUUCAUAUCUCAUCUCACACACACUCACUCCUAGUUAUCCACGCGUUACUUUCACAGUCCAGCCCCUCCACUUCCCCGCCUCGUCCUCCCCAGACACCUCAAAUCUGUCAAAUCUCCAUCCGUCUCUCCUCCUCUCUCCCUCUCCAUCCAGCUCCACCUCUUCCUCUGCGGUCCCCCGGCUGUCACUGCACCUAGUCACGUGUGUCAGUCACAGCUGGCCCACCUGCUGCUUCACAUAAACACACCUCGGCACGCACAGACACGCUUGUAACACACACACACACACACACACACCCGCCAGUCAGAUGUAGUCCACAAGAGACAGGGAAAAGGAGACCUCGUCUUUGUUUCUCAACAUCUUUCAAUCUUUAAUUUAAAGCUGGAGUCGGAGGAGUGUUUGUCGCCAGGCGUUUCACGCAUCAACAACUGGCAGCUCGAUUAAUUUACUGGGAAGGGAGGGAAAAGAGGGGUGGUGGUGGUGGUGGGGGAUGUACCCCUCCCCAUUCCCAGCAUCUUCCAACUGCUUCAAAUUUGAUCUUAUUCCAAAUCCAAUCUGCAGCUCACAACAAUAUGUCCCGGUGUGCUAAAGCAGAACAAUAUAGAGCACAAUACAGCUUCAGUGCAGGACUGACAGGCGCCAUCUGAAGCUCAUCAAACAAGAGUUCAGCGCUAGAUUCAACCGUGUGGAGCCACACAGAGAAAACAUUAAAGGAGGGGAGUGUAAAAAACAUAUCUGCAAACAUCCAUCACUACACUGUCAGUGCAGCUGUGCCUCCAUCUUCAAAGCAGGAGUCAUCUCUCAUCUCUCACGUUCACGUUUGCUCUUUUCCAUCUUCACAGAAUCAUGUACAUCUACCAACCGAUGUUUCACCAAAAUAAAACGACAAAAAAAAACCUGAUGAGUAUCCCCCUCUAAAUGCUUGUGUCCUGAGCAUCUUAUUAGCCAAGGUCUGCUCUCAUACAUUCCAGUACAGUAUAUAUAUAUUUUUCUAGUGUGUGCCCCACCAAGAAGCUGCUCGUAGGCUUUUCUCUGCGGUCCAGGCCCUCACUUAAACAAAUCCCCUUCUUACAUAUUAUGUGUGUGUGUUUCUGUGUGUGUCUGUGUGUGUCUGUGUGUGUCUGUGUGUGUGUGUGUGUGUCUGUGUGUGUGUCUGUGUGUGACAGUGUGAGUGUGUGUGUGUGCAUGCGUGUGAGUUUUUGUUCCUGAAGGAGGCACAAAUGAAGGAAGCGUGACAGCAUUGGCACGACCCUAUAUAUAUAUAUAUAUAUAUAUAUAUACUUAUAUAUAUAUAUAUAUGCUAGUUAUUUAAACUAAUUAGAAUAGUACGUUAGCUUAGUAACAUAUUUAAGAAAAACAGAACUGAUGGCUUUUAAACAUUAUUUAUAUUUGGUGUAAAAAGCAUAAUUGGCCUUAAAACUAAAAACCAUCUUUCUAUUGGUGUGCAUUGUCAUUCAUUGUGCUUUUAUUUUGUAGGACUGUUGGACUUCUACUAGACGAGAAAAUGCAAAAACAAAGCAGGAGGAUAUUUUCAAAAGAGGAAAGUUGAGUCUCUGGUGCAUUUUUGUUGGUCAUAAGAGUCUAGAACAACCAUGUCCAAUGGUCUGUUUGUAUGUCUUAGAAUGGCAUUGUAAAAAUUUUUAAGUACGUUUAAACCUAAUAAAGCCAAUGUUGGAGGA